GUGAACCGUCCCAGCUUGUGUCGUUAGAAGUGGCCAGAAUAAAACAAAGGGGAUACCUUGAUGAAGUAUAUUUUUGGCCAGCUAUCCAGCUUAACUUUACAGUACCGAAGGCUACAACGGAGAAGCUGUUUUGACAGGAGAAGACAGUCGCCAAGCAGCGUUAUAAACUAGAGAUAUCCUUACUACCAGAACAAAAUAAACAUGUACAGGGGACCAGAUUAUAUAUUACAUCAGCAAACAUCGAUUAAGUGAUGAGGGGGGGGGGGGGGUGUUGUUGUUGUCAAGAAAUGAGUCUGUAGAAUUCCGUAGCUUAAAUAGUCAAAAUUCCUAUUCAGUGAUGGAGUACACACCACGUGUUGAUGUUUUUAGGCUGUUCCGAGUCAAUUAAAUGGUUACGCCGUGACUUGGUCGUCGGUCGAGCGUUCGAUUUGUUACUGGAGGGAGACACCAUGGGCUAAUUCGUACCAUGGUGUAAAAAUAGGCAGUGACUGCGCUUUUGUCAAAUGCUCAGUAUUUGGAAAUAAGAGUUUGGGGUCUUUCGGAUGAAACAUUUAAUAUUGAGGCUCCUGACACGACAAAGGUUGAAAUGUUGAAUGUCCUUCUCUGUUAUGGCUACACAUGUUAACGCUAAGCUUAGGUCUGCUGAUUCACCAGCAUCGGGUGACGUCUUAAUAUGAGUGAAAUAUUCUGGAAGUGACGUAAAACAAACCAACUGAAUAAUCUACGAAUUCAAUCAAUCUUACACAUUAUGUACGUAUAUAUACAUCAAUAUUACAUGCGCCUAUUGUUGUUUAUUUCUUCAGUACACCAAUUAAAAUAGACCUUUAAAUGAUUAUUAUAAACCUAUAACCAAAGUCAAUUAACCAUGUAGGCUGAUCAGUGAGAUAAUUUGGUUUCCACGAAAAGAAAGUUUAUCAGUUUUUACAUACCCGGAUGAAGAGUCUAUGUACUUAGAUGAAUGGUAAUGGUAUCCCCGGUGUGGUUAAGAUUGAUAACCAUAGUUGUCAGUGGUAGUAAGGAUAUUUCUCAGUCACCACUCAUCAUUAAGUAUAAUACAUUCUACUAAAGCAGGCCUGUGCUUUGACUGUCUGUUUAUACAUGUACUAUAGAUACCGGUGGAAUUUCCUUGACCUUUAGCAGUGAUUCACAAAUGACCAAUGGAGACUCCAAUUUUGAUACGCGGUAUAGACUGUUGGAUUUUUCUAACUACAGUUAUUCAAGUCCUGAUAAUGAUAAAACAUAUCAGAGAAUUCUGAGUUUUCCGUGUUUCAUCGGAUUCCAACGCGACCGCUGUCAACCCGACAAUUACAAAGUGUACAAGUUAACGAUGAAAUCGUUUUCCAAAUUCAAAACCAACGAAGGAAGAACACCAUUUACCGAAUUAUCCUACAACAUCACGAUAUACAAUUAUUAUGUUUAUCAUCCGGACAAGUGGAAAUCCACCAUCGCUGUUGCUUUCUUUCCUGGAGAAAAAGACGUGACGUUUUUGUUUGACCCAGCACCAGUAUCAGUGAAGUUUUAUAACGUUUCGUUGUUUAACGUUAAUGACAAUACAACCUACAGGCAUCAGAAUAUUGGACAGUUAACUAAACAUUGUUUUAAGGAUGUAAUGGACGGCACGUAUCAUAUCACAAUAAUGGUGGAAAGUGAUAGCGACAAAUGUACAGACAGCUGUAGUAUCACGAAGUCUCACGUAUUCACUGUAGGCAAUCCCAAACCAAUGCAAAGCGCAGUAACAGACGGAGAAGAAGUGGAUGCUACGAUCGUUGACGUGAAGCUGGUGUCUCUGGCGGUGGGGGGAGGGGUGGCCCUGGCUUUCACGUUACUGGCCACCCUCUGUUACCUUCGCUGGAAGAACCGCACAAAGAUGAAGGAUGCAGAGGUGCCUUCACGUCCGAAAGUUCUUUUGAUAUACUCCAACAUUAGAAGAGAAAACGCAAAUCUUGCUAAAGAGUUUGCGAAUAUUAGCAAAGAAGAGCUCCACAUAGAUCUGAUUUAUGAUAAACUUGUACAUGAAAUACCUAGAAUAUCAGCGGCGGGAUAUGGAUCAUGGUACAACAAAAAACUAGAGGAGUCAUCAGCGGCCAUCAUUUUGUGGACCCCGGGGUCCGAUGUGAAAGAAAGGGUAGAUGAUGACUCAUGUAACGCGUUUAAUACUGGUGUAACACUAGCAUUGAAUUCAAAAACCAACGACGAUAAAAAAUUAAUGUGUAUUUAUUUUGAUAAGUCGCAUAAAAGAACGAUACCAAGGGAUAUUCAGAAGGAGGUGCGAGUGUUUGCUUUUCCCGCGAAAUCUUCUCAAUUGUCUGCUUUUCUGCAUGGAAAAAGGAAGGUACCAAAGCAUGCUGUUAGUAGAUAUACAAGACUAGAGGAAGCCAUAUUAGCAGUAAACCAAAAUAAUUCAAAUAAUGAAACCGUCGUACAAUCUUCACGAGAAGAAACGACACUACAUGUAGAGAGGACAGAAGAUAUAUCCGAGGAGACAUUAGACGAAGAAAUUUCAGAGUUGAAAGAAGAGUUUCUACGGAAAAAUACAGGUAAUCUCAGUCAUUCCAGCAAUAGUUCUGCAUCAACUGCAGAAAAUCCCAUUUAUAAUCCUAGUUGUCCUAUACACGGACAUAAGCUGACUAAACACCAGGGAAAUACGUCAAUCCAAUCUCGGACACAACCUGAAAGAUUUUCCGCAAGAGUUCAUAAAAACCACCCUGCUGAUCAUUUUGGAGAGCAAGGGCGCGUACAGUCUUGCCAACAUCCAUUCCCUCAUGAUUAUCCCAUGCAUAUCGUAAAUUCAUUUCCUUGUCAUGAGCGAGAUCGUAGGUUCGCCAUAUUCGACGAAGGAGAAGAGCCUGAUGAGUACCAAGCGCUUAUGAAUGACAGUCAUGAACAUCACAAUAACAAUAUUCUUCAUAAUAUCCAUGAUAUACAUCCUGACACGUUGUUGAGACAGAACAUUGCUGGUGAAGAAUUUAGCCAUCCUUCAUCUAGGAACAUUGAAUCGUCCUUCAGAAGGCAUGGGAAUGAUUACAGACGUAGAAGCGAUUCAUUGCAACGUUAUAAUGAAUACUGCGAUACCGUCUCUGAACAUACCCCUUUGAAACACCCAACAUUCUAUUUAGAAGACGACGGUAUUUCGCUACAACCUUCACUGAAAUCCGGAUCUUUGCAAAGUAUGGAAUCCAACUGCACAAACUACUCUAAGAGAAGUGACAGUAUUAGUAGCUUGGAAUUGAAGUUGUCCCUCCAGAAAUUCAUUUAAGCGUGCGAACUUACUAAGUGAUUAGACUUGUGUUUUUUUCCUGAGAAGUAGCGGAAGGAUCGAUGCAAUCAAUUGAACAAUUCGCAAAGCGUCAGUAAAACCAUCACAUAUCUGUCAUUUCUCUGCAUAGAACACUAAAACACAAUUGAUUAAUUCCAUUGCACAGUUACGGUAUAAUUUUGCUUUAGAUCCGUUCCUGGUUGUCUUCACAGUUUCUUGUCGGAAUCAAUUCACGGGUAUUCAUGUCCAUACUAAUGCAAUUUUACAACAAAGUUACAUUCACACCAUUUUUAAUUUAGCAUUGUGGUUUUACGGUGAUAGAUUAAACUGCAGCGAAAAUGAGGGUUUAUACAAUAGUACUGUGUGCAAUGGUUAAAAAUCAGUACAUUCAUACUUUUGAUCAAUGGUCCCCUGGCUUUACUAACAAUCUGCACGAUUUAAAAUCCGAAAACUACUAGUAUAUCGUCAAUAUUUGGUAUAUUUCUUGUUUGCAAUAUGUUUUUUAUGUUUAAUAUGCAUUUUAUUAAAGGGUAUCAAUGAAAUG